AUAAUUUUGACUCCUCAGUCGUCACUCUUUCCACUAUCCCCUCCUAAAACCUCCCAUUUUUUCUCUCCUACCAUGACCUCCACCUUCCUCCUUCUCCCCACUCAACUCCUCCCUCCAAAACCCCCAUUCCUCCCAUUCUGUACUCUCUCUCCUCCACCCACCACCACUACCACCCUCUCUCUCCUCCGCCCACCACCCCUCUUCACCUCCCUCAAAUCAAGAGACUUCCGUGUCUUCUCCGACGACGGCGACGGCGAUGGUGAAUAUGAAAUGGACGACGAGGAGGCGGAGGAAGUCGACAACAAGAAAGAUUUCGAUGUUGAAUAUGAGCCACUUGGGGUUGUUUCUUCUGCUGGGAUGAGUGCGGAUGAGGUUAUUCAGGUCAUUCAGAGUAAGAAUUUUGUGUCUACUCAAGGGUGGAACUCUGAGUUAGUGGUUGAUUAUCGGAUUAAUGAAGAUGAGUUUCAUAAGAUUUGCUUGUUUGAUUGUGAUUUCUUUAUUCGGAAACCUCCUGACCCUGAUAAUGAUGUCUAUGAUUUCAGAGAGAUGUAUGUUACACCACCAGAUACAGAUGUUUAUGCAAUUCCCAAGGUUUUGGCUCCAAUGCCUGAUAAGUACAUUCGAUGUGCAAAGACUGAUUAUGGAUGGUACAAUGUGACUGAACCACCUAUUGAUGCCCCUCGAGACCCAAUGUAUAAAUCAGAACGAGAAGUUUCCAAGGUUUUCCUGACAAAGCAUUACAGAAAUCGAAGAUUGAACGACCCAGAAUUUGUUUUAGAUUUUGAGGAGAUAUAUGUUAUUGAUUCAAGAACAAAGUCUGUUACUCGCGCAAGAGUUCUGGUCACAGUGCCAGAAGGAAGAAACAGGGACAGAAAGGGUGACUUGCUUGUCAUUCGUGAUAAUGGCAAUUCCUUCAAGAUAACUCAUGCAAGUAAAAGAGAUGAUCCAACCACUGUAAUAGAACGCGAAGAGUGGACAAGAACUAGGCAAGAUAUGGAGAGACAUUUGAGGAAGCUCCGUGAUUUCAGCAUAUCGAAUUGGAUUUAGAAGGAAUGAUAUGUAACUCUCCUUUGUAAUCACUAAUGUAAUGUACAUUGCUUGUUAUUUAUAAUAGAAAUUUAAUUUAACAGUCAAGUUGUCAUGUUAUAGUUCCAAAUUGGAAUUACAGUCAAUCCGGGAAAA